CCGGCCCCGGCAAGAUGGCGGCGCCCAGCCUGCUGCGCGGGGCGCUGCGGCGGAUCUUCUCCGGGCUCCUGGGGAACAGCUGGGCCGCGCCGCCCGCCCGAGCCCUCCGCCAGGUCGUGGAGGUGACUGAAGGCAAAACGACCACAAUUGAAGGGAGAAUUAUAGAGGAUGCUGAAGCACCACCCCCUCCAAACCCCUCUGGCCAGUGUCCCAUCUGUCGCUGGAACCUGAAGCAUAAGUAUGAUUAUGUGGAUGUCUUGCUGCUGAGUCAGUUUAUCCGUUCAGAUGGAGGGAUGCUGCCACGAAGAGUCACGGGCCUCUGCUUGGAGGAGCACAAGAAGGUUGCUGUCUGUGUGCAGAUGGCUCACCGUGCAGGUUUGUUGCCAAACCACAGGCCUCCACUUCCUGAAGGGCAUAUUCCCAAGAAACCCAAGCUGAACAGUUGGGACACUGUCCAGGUAAGACUUGCCAUGGUAUUUCUCAUUUCUUGGACUUCAGUUCUUUGCCUUUUUGCUUUCUGCCUGAUUUGUUUUUGACAGUGAUGGCUCAUGAAUGUUACCACUUAACUGCUUUACUGGCUAUGAUUCUUUUGAAGAAAUGGCCCUGGGAGUAACCCACAUCAUCCAUGAACUCUUGAGUCUCAUGUCCUCACCUUCUCUUACGUAUCAUUUAUCUGCAGAAGCUGAACAUUGAAAACAAAUGAAAUUUACCCUGUCAAUGGAGAAUUACUCCCUACAGUUAAUUUUCCUCAUGUUUGGCCCAGUCUGGGGCUUUCACUCUUUACAGGGGAUCAUUUCACAAGCAAAUUUGUCUUGCAGCCAAGGAUUGUUCCCUCAUCCUCAGCCUGUAUUCUCCCUUUAAAAACUUCCUGCUGUUAUUUCUGCAUUUGUUCAUGCUCCAGUCUGGCAUGUUCCAGUUAAGUGCUGCAGCAACAAAAUAUUUCCACUAGCCUGUGAGGCUGAGGAAGUUCUAAGCAAUUUCACCAGCAUUGUAUAGGGUGACAAACUAUUCCCAUACUCCAGAGUCAUGUGUGUGCAGCACACACCAGAACCAUUUGGGAAACAGUCAAGCUCAGCUGUAGGUCAAACUUCUUCCUUUCAGUAAUGGAAACCUGAAUAGCUCAGCAGUUUUCUUUUCAGCAUGGAGGGUUUUACAUGGAAAAUGUGGACUAACAGUCUAUCCAGAAGAGUUGCUGAAUUCAAGCCAGCAUCUAGAUGUUCUUUUAAUAUGAAUAUAGCACUCAUGUUCUUCUGGCAGGUCCAAAGUAUUGGUUAAAAUGCAACUCUGUGAAGUUGUUCCCUAUCCAAAAGGACUAGGGGAUAUCACAGCUUCCCAGACUCUAGGGUCUGUCAGCAAGAGGUGCUGUAAGAUUAUGGAGUACAGUAAUUUCACAAUUACAAGCCAUACCUGAUUAUAAGCCGCACUUCCAA